AUGGGUUGGCUGGGAGGACUGCUGCAUACUGAUGAGGUGUUGCCCGAUUACCGAGAGCGUGGGAAUCCUUCGAGUACGUUUGAAGACGAGGUUGUGACUGUCCUGGACUUUGUUGUGCAUCGAGCGGUUCAGAUUGAGGACGGCAUCGGUGUUGAGGAGCAGGCUGGUCAUGAUGGCGAGGCGGAUGGGGCUCGUGCUGAUGCUCCUGCGACUGGACUGCAACAGGGCCCGACAGCAGCUAAGAAGCCGAAGGUGCUGGGGCGGCAGUGGUUCGAGCGCAUAGGCGAGGUAUGGAAGGAGUGGCAUGAUAUGUCGCUAGAAUGA